AUGGUGGCAGGAAGCGGCCACGCAUCUGGCGCUGCCGUUGUGGCGUCGUGUGUGACAUUUAAUGUUCUUGCUGCACUACUAACAUUUGCUCGGUUAUAUACACGAGCCACAAUCACCAGAAGUCUUGGGCUGGACGAUCACCUCGCGGCUUUUGCACUACUUCUCGCCAUUUUUCUGGCCGUCUUACACUAUGGAAUGGGUCGACACUUCGACACUUUGACACCCGACGAUAUGGUGCACUCGUUGAAGUGGUUCUGGGCCUCCACUUGGACAUAUGCAUUGGGUUUGGGCGUCAUCAAGACAUCCAUUCUGCUACAAUACCUCCGCUUCUUCACGAUGAGAAAGUGGCGCAUCGCCGCGUUGCUUGUUCUCGCCAUGAAUGUCGUCUGGACCAUCUGGGGCUUUUUUGCGUCCAUUUUCUUGUGCCAUCCUAUCAGCGAUUUCUGGGGGCCGCCGCAAACUGCCAAUUGCAUGAAUCGAAUGGCAGUAUGGUAUUCAAUGGCUGGCGGAUCGAUCUUCACAGAUAUCUGCACGACCCUCUUGCCAAUUGCACCUCUGAAUGCUUUGCAAUUUCCUCGACGACAGAAGAUGAUCUUGAUGGUCGUAUUUGCGUUGGGCGGGAUGACUUGCGUAAUUUCAAUUUUGCGCUUGCCCUCGCUGUACAACAUCUCGCAGUCGAAAGACGUAUCUUGGGACAAUCCGUCUGCUGCUAUCUGGUCCAGCAUGGAGCUUUACGGUGGCAUCAUCUGCUCGUGUCUGCCCACGCUGAAGGGCUUAGUCUCACGAAUCUUUCCGUCGCUGUCGUUUGGUGAUAGCUAUUAUCAAACAAGAUCUGGCGAGCGUCUCGGUAGUCUUGGCCCCAACCCUCAUAAUACAUUCGCGAGCUCCAGCUGCGAUAGAACACUGCGAGAGAGUACCUAUGGCAUCGAAAAGGCUGGAAAUACGGACACCGGCCAAAAUCUGGAAUUGCGGAAAUGUCCUUCGACACUCAACAAGGAUAAGAGGCCCUCUUCGACGGUGCGGCCGGUAUCAAAAGCUUGGGACGAUGAGGAGAUCUUUUGA